AUGAAGUGGCAGUGGCAGGUGCUGGGGGCAGUCUGUGGGGGAGCUUUGCUGCUGGGUACUGGGAUCCUGCUGGGGCACUUUGCCGUGCCCCAGGCGGGGGACCUGGAUGAGAAGCUGAUACAGGACUUCAUGGGGCAGGUGGAGAGUGCCCGGAUCCGGGAGAACCUGCGGGUCCUGGCUUCGAGGCCCCACCUGGCAACAACCCCAGGGGACAAGGCGCUGGUGCAGCUGCUGCGUCAGCGCUGGCAGGACCCACAGACGGGGCUGGAUGGUGUUGCUGAGGGCACCUACGAUGUCUUUCUUUCCUUCCCUGACCCCACGCAUCCCAACAGUGUGAGUAUCUGUCCCCCAGUGCUGAAUGGGUCCCGGCUCUUCGAGGCCCGGCGUAGCGAGAAGGUCCUGACCCCGGACCAGGCCCAGGAGGACGUGGUCCCACCCUACGCCGCGUAUGCACCAUCGGGGAGCCCCCAGGGCCGGCUGGUCUAUGCCCACCAGGGCACCCGCAGCGACUAUGAGACCCUGGUGGGACUCGGCCUGGACCUCAACGGCACCAUUGCUAUCGUUCGCUAUGGGGGUGCUGGGCGGGCCACCAAGGCAGUGGUGGGGGCUGAGUUCGGCGUGGCUGGCCUGGUCGUGUACACGGACCCCAAGGACAUCAAUGAUGGGCGGGCAGGCGAGAAUGACACCUACCCCAACUCCUGGCAUCUGCCCCCCUCGGGUGUUGAGCGUGGGUCCUACACCGAGAGCUUUGGGGACCUGCUGACACCCUACUACCCUGCUAAAGAAUUCACCUACCGGAUCAAGGAGUCAGAGAUUCAGGGGAUUCCCCCAAUCCCCACCCAGCCCAUUGGCUUUGAGGAUGCCCGCACACUCAUCUGCUCCCUGGCUGGUCCAGAGGCCCCCGCAGCCUGGCAGGGUGCCCUGGGCUGCACCUACUGCAUUGGGCCGGGCUUCCGGAUGGACGGGCAGUUCCCCAGCUCCAGUGAGGUCCAGGUCAGUGUCUACAACCAGCGGGUCAUCGAGAAGUCAGCCAAUGUGAUGGGUUUUAUCCGAGGCAGCCAGGAGCCCGACAGGUAUGUGCUCUAUGGGAACCACCGGGACAGCUGGGUGCAUGGGGCCGUGGACCCUGGGAGCGGGACGGCUGUCAUGCUGGAGAUCACACGUGUGCUGGGCAAGAUGCUCAAGGAAGGGACAUGGCGCCCGAGAAGAUCCAUCAUUUUUGGCAGCUGGGGGGCAGAGGAGUUUGGUCUGAUUGGCUCAACUGAGUACACAGAGGAGUUCUCCAGCAAGCUGCAGGCACGAAGCGUGGCCUACAUCAAUGUGGACAUCUCCGUCUUCGCUAAUGCCACCCUCCGAGGCCAGGGGACCCCUCCUGCCCAGAGUGUCAUCUUCACAGCUGCCAAGCAGGUUCCAGCCCCGGGCAGCGGCACUGGGUCAGUCUAUGAUAACUGGAGGCAUCAUACCAACCGAAGCAGCCCCACCUAUGGGGUCAUCCCCAGCCUGGGGUCGCUGGGUGCCGGCAGUGACUACGCCUCCUUCAUCCACUACCUGGGUAUCACUUCCAUGGACCUCGCCUACACCUAUGACCGGAGCCAGACCUCAGCCCGGAUCUACCCUGCCUACCACACGGCCUUCGAUACCUUCGACUACACCGACAGGUUCAUUGACCCAGGGUUCACCAGCCACCAGGCCGUGGCACGGACAGCCGGGAACGUGCUGCUGCGUCUGGCCGACAGCCUGGUCCUGCCUCUCAAUGUCAGCGACUACGGGGAGGCUCUGGAGGGGCUGUACAGUGUGGCUGCCGAGGGGCAGGUGCAAGCUGACCUCGCAGCCCACAACAUCUCCCUCGCCCCGCUGAAAGCCGCCAUCAAUCGGUUCAAGGCCGUCGCCACUGACUUCAACCAGCGGCUAAUGAAGCUCAAGGAAGAGUCGUCUCCUAAUCCCCUGGAGGUCCGGAUGGUGAAUGACCAGAUCAUGCUACUGGAAAGGGCCUUCCUGGAUCCCCGGGCUUUCCCCAGCAAGUACUACUACAGCCACGUGCUGUGGACACCACGGGCUGCAGGUGUCCCCACCUUCCCGGGCCUAGCUGAGGCCCAUGCGGCAAGGGACUGGGAUGCCAUCCGCAAGCACCUGAGCAUCGCCACACAGGCCGUGGAGAGUGCGGCCUCCACCCUGGAGACCCCGGCCUAAGCCCCGGCACCCUCUUCCCCCCCACCCAGGGGCAAUUAACUCCCACUGAUAACGAUCCUGCCCACCAACCCCACAAAAAGGGCAAUAACCGCCCCCCCGGUUAAAGCCCCUAGCUUUCUCCCCUGGUAGUAAAGCACUGGUAAA